AUGGGCUACAACCGAUUCCUAGGGACUUGCUCGAUUUUCGAAGCAGAAUUAUGGGGUAUUCUGGAUGGCUUAAAGCUCAUUCAACGUAGAGGUCAUAAUAACGUAAUUAUUCAUUCUGAUAGUUUGGAGGUUGUCAAAGCUAUUCAUGAAUGUGGUUCGAAGGGUUCAACCUCUGCUAUGAUUAGAAGAAUACACCGGAUUUUGUCCCAAGAGAGCCAAUGGAUUUUAAGACAUAUUUCUAGAGAGAACAAUUACUAUGCUGAUUACCUUGCUAAAUUGGCUUUUGAAAGAGAAGAGGAUUUACACUUGUUUGAGUCUCCCCCAGAUGAAGUGUUAGAUUCCCUUAAGUCAGAUAAAGAGAGGCUUUUUGCACCUCUCGAUUUUUCCUUGUAA